UUUAAAUCCGUAUUUCACGUUUGUUGUCUCUGUCAAUGGAUUUUCCUUUCAUUUCCUUUUCUUUUCUCGUUAGUCUGUUUUCAAUGGUUUAGGUGUUGAUUUGGAAACCAUAUUGAGAGCUUUAGAUUCUCACAUCUGUCAAAUACUACUUUGAUUUCCAUGAUGCAGAGAUGGAACAGAAAGAAACCCCAUUUUCCUAUACUAAUUCUUCUCUUCAUUCUCUUCAUCGUUUUCACAAUCCUCUACAACGAGCUUAACAUUCGGCAAAUCAAUGAAGACCCAGAUCCUGUCUCUCGCAAUCAACGAGCUUCAAUCACUUACGUGAAACCAAAUCUUGCAAAACGAGCUUCAGAGGUUUUGGAUAGAUUCAGUACUUGCAACUCUACUAGGGAAUACAGUUGGAGGAGGAUCGGGUGGGUUGAUCCGAGUCCGAAUUUGGGCCGGGGGAGAGUCGAUGGAGAGAGCUGCGAUGUCUUCUCCGGCAAGUGGGUAUUUGACAACAGGUCGCAUCCACUGUACAGUGAAUCGGAGUGUCCUUACAUGUCGGAUCAGCUGGCAUGCCACAAGCACGGGAGGGCUGAUUUGCUAUACCAGUACUGGAGAUGGCAACCUCAUGAUUGCAAUUUGAAGAGAUGGAAUGUGAAGGAAAUGUGGGAGAAGUUGAGGGGGAAGAGGCUCAUGUUUGUUGGUGAUUCACUGAAUAGAGGACAGUGGAUAUCAAUGGUGUGCUUGUUACAGUCGGUUAUUCCAGCAGAUAAGAGAUCCAUGUCCCCCAAUGCCGAGCUUACCAUUUUCAGAGCAGAGGAAUACAAUGCCACUGUGGAAUUUCUCUGGGCUCCACUUCUCGUUGAAUCAAAUUCUGAUGACCCUGUGAAUCACAAAUUGGCUGACCGAAUAAUUCGUCCAGAUUCAGUAACUAGGCAUUCAUCACAGUGGGAGCAUGCUGACAUACUAGUGUUUAACUCAUACUUGUGGUGGAGGCAAGGCCCAGUUAAGCUCUUAUGGAGUGAUGAGGAAAAUGGUGCUUGUGAAGAACUAGAUGGGCUUGGUGCCAUGGAGUUGGCCAUGGGGGCUUGGGCAGACUGGGUAGCUUCUAAAGUUGAUCCCCAGAAGAAGCGGGUCUUUUUUGUUACCAUGUCUCCAACACAUCUCUGGUGAGUGUCUUAGUCAUAAACCAAAUUAUUCUAUUUAUGUUGCCAUUUGGUAUAAUGUAUAUCUCGUAUGGUGAAAGUCUGCAAAUUUCUUUUAUUAUUUAUACAUACAAACAUCUGAGAUGUAGAUGGCGAGCUUCAUUUUAAGGCUUCCCUUAGCUUGAAAAACUGAACGGAAGCUUGUUUUAUGCCUGAUAGUUCAGUUUGGAUUCAUGUCGGUUUCAAUGUCUCUUUCUCCUAGAGGCCUCACUUAACCAAUUAGUAUGCUUGAGUACCUGUCUUCUUUAAGGCAUUUCACCCUUUAGCCUUUCAUCUAUAUUGAAGGACCACUUAAGAACUAGCCAGAUAUUACCUUUUUCGCAUUGAUCAGGAGCCGAGAGUGGGCACCGGGAACUGAGGGAAACUGCUAUAACGAGAAGACCCCUAUGAAUUUGGAGGGCUACUGGGGAAGUGGCUCUGAUCUUCCAACAAUGCGCAUGGUUGACAAAGUGCUUGCUCGAUUGAGUACAAAGGUAUCUGUUCUGAAUAUCACUCAGCUCUCAGAAUACCGAAAAGAUGGCCACCCUUCCAUCUACCGGAAAUUCUGGGAAACACUCAGACCAGAACAAUUGGCAAACCCUGCGAGCUACUCCGAUUGCAUACACUGGUGCUUACCUGGUGUUCCUGAUGUAUGGAAUGAGUUUCUGUUCCAUUUUUUGUAGCGAGUAAAUUGUACAUUUCAUAUUCUUCAAUUUCUCAAAAUAGCAAAAGAAAAGGGAACAUUUAAUUGUAAUUUGUUGGCUUCUUUUAAUGCCAAAUGCAGCAGCCCUUCAAAAUUUCAGACCAAAAAUUGCAUAUGGUCAGUGAUAUUUUUUAUUUUGGUUAUUAAUAAAUACUGAAUUGGAUC